AUGACGCGCCUUUUUAACCGUUUCUACGCGCUGGCUGCUGUCGCAGUCUGCAUGAUUUUCACAUCGGCGUGGUUUUUGACGUCACGGGGGUUCUCCGAUAUCGUCCCCUUGGUCUCAGAACCGUUCCAAGUAGCCAGCACAUUCGACAAGCGAUUAGUGGUGUUCGGCGACUCCUGGAGCGACAACAAAUCCGACGAGGCGCAGGGCAGGAUUUGGACGGACCGGCUUUGUUCAAUGUUCUCCUGCCACCAAGAGAACCUAGCACAAACAGCCAAUCCAGGCAAGAACAUCGGCGCGGUGGUCGACAACUCAGAACUCGACCAUCUAGACCGACUGUCUCAGACCCACAUCGCCGACUUCAAGUCGCAGCUCCGGCAAUGGCUAGACGCCGAGUCCGCCGCGACGAAGGAUCUUCCCGAGGAAGAGGUGCGGUCCCGGCAGGACCGCACGAUCUUCGUCGUCUCGUUCGGAGUGUGGGAUCUCUGGAGCCUGGUUACAAAGGACUACGACGUAGCAAGCAAAUCGGUUGAGCGGCGCAUUGCAACGCUUAUGAGCCAGCUCGACACGCUGUCCGAUCGCUGGGGCACCACGGAUCUGAAGGUUAUUCUGACGCAGACGGUCGACGUGACUUUCCUGCCCGGGUUUAACUCGGUGGGGGAUCAGUACAAGGAUACGGUGCGGAUCCUGGACGAGUGGAAUGGGAAGCUGCGGGAGGUGGCUCGGGAGUGGAGUCAGGGCACUAUCUAUCUGUUUGAUACUAAUGCUUUUAUGAUGGACCGCAUCCGUGACUGGCAGCUCUAUGCGGCAGGCAUUGAGGAAGAGAAUGGUCUAGGCAAAAACCUGGUUCCUGGGUGGGAGAAUGUCGUGGAGCCUUGUGUUGAGAGUGGGGUCCAGGUCAUGAUGUCAAAGGAGAAGAAACAGUGUGAAGAUCCAGAGAGGUAUCUGUUCUGGAACGACAUGCAUUUGGGUCCUUCAGCACACCGGCUCAUGGCGGCGGAGAUUUACCAUGGGAUUGAUGGGAUUAUGUUGAACCCGAAUGGGACCGAGAAGCGCCACAACCGGGGGUUUGCAGCUUAG